GUCGAUUCGACGUUAAGAUGUCAGUAGAGUUAUUUGUAACAUCAAACAAAUAGCAAUAGAACAAAUUUUAACAAACAUGAAGUUCGUCAUUGCCGUAGUCUUGCUUGCCUUGGCUUUGGGUGCCAACUCCUCAGUUUUGCCCUGGGGACCAGUCGUCGUGGGUGGUCCUCUUCCUGGUACUGUAGUACUUGGAGCUCAUCCCCAUGCUGCAGUCACAGUAGCUGCUCACCCACCUCAUGUGGUUGCUGGCCCUGGACCUGUUCAAGUGGUCUCCGGACCCGUUCCUGCUGUAAUUGCUGCACCCCAUGUAGUUGCCGCUCCUGCUGUAGUUCCAGCCCAUAGUGGUACUUUUGUUGCCAAGACCCGUGGUGCUGUACAUGUUGCCCCAUUGGCUGGCCAUGCCCAAUCUGUGGCCUCAGUUAACUUGCAACCUGCUCCAGGAACUGUUUAAAGACUCAUUUUAGAUAAAUUUAAAGAAAUUCCAGAUAAAUAGUUUUAUUAAAGCUACAAACAAAAAAAUUUAAAUUAAAUUAUACAUGCAUUACUAUCACCUUUUAAGCUGCUAUUUCACCUUCAUUGCAGUCUGUUAAUCGUAUCUAAGUCACAAUUUCCUUUCCUUUUCUAUUUUCAUUAUAUUUCAGAAACUUUGAAAGAAGAAUGUAAAUAAAAAAGAAAAAAUAAAA